AUGUAUCUCAAGCACUACCUCGCAGCACUUCUUCUUGUGCGAGUUUCUCUCAGCCAGGAUUGUUCUACUUCGCAGUCCGUCGCGGAUCCCUUCCAAAUCUUCACCAUCUCCGCCAACAAUAUCACAGCCAAGUUUAUCCCCUAUGGAGCUCGCUUGAUUUCUCUGCUUGUUCCUGAUAGGGAUGGCAAUAUGCAAGAUGUUGUCGUCGGCUAUGAUGACCCGCGUCAGUAUCUUAACGACACAGAGUCCAGCCAUACCUACUUCGGGGCGGUCAUUGGCCGAGUUGCCAAUCGCAUCAAGAAUGGUACUUUCACCCUGGAUGGAACCGAAUAUCAUAUUCCAAAGAAUCAGAAAGGCUUGUACACUCUACACGGGGGAGACAUUGCCUAUGAUCAGCGAAACUGGACUGUGUCUGCAAUCACAUCUUCCUCUGUCACCUUUACGCUCUACGAUGCUGCAACGGAAGGUUUCCCUGGCGAUGUCGUUACUCACGCCAUGUUCAGCGUCGACUCCAAGCGCAACGCAGAGAAUCUUGAGGGUCUUCCGCGGCUGACGACCAAGUUGGUUUCUAUGGCCCUCACUGAACCCACUCCCAUCAUGCUUUCCAACCACAUCUACUGGAACCUGAAUGGCUUCAAGCGGCAGACCAUCCUCAACGACACAUGGUUGCAAUUGCCCUUGUCAGAGCGCUUCAUCGCCACAGACAAGCUCCAAGUCCCUGAUGGCAGCAUCUCAACGGUUGCUGGGACGAGCCACAGUGCAAUGGACUUUACCGCCGGCAAGAUUAUUGGCCAAGACAUACAAGACACCGAAGGGCUUUGUGGUCCCGGCUGUGUUGGCUAUGACAACUGUUUUAUCAUUGACCGUGACCCCUUGUAUUCCGCUGCCUCCGAUAACCUUGUUCCAUCUCUCAGACUGAACUCCAGCACUACGGGGAUUAGCAUGGAGGUUGCUACGAACCAACCCGCAGUCCAGUUCUUCACUUGCCUGAACAUGGACGGAACCAUUCCGGUGAAGGCUUCUCAAGUUGAGAGAAACACCAAGCAGAAGGAUGCGGCUGAAUUCGUUGAGAAAUACGGGUGCCUUGCCAUUGAACCUGAAGGCUGGAUCGAUGGUGUCAACAACCAACAAUGGGGUCAGAAAUCUAACCUGAUCUAUACUCCUGAGGGCCGCCCUGCCAUUAAUCUAGCGCAAUACACCUUCGGAACUGUUUGA